UGACUAGAAUAUUCUAUUUUUUCUAAUUCUUAUAUCAAAUCUAUCAAAUGUACUUGUGAUUUUAUUCGCCCCCUUCCCCUCAAUGCCGCUUCGAAGCCCAAAAAUAUGCUUUUACAUCUCCACGGGAGCGCGUGGCGAUCGUAGAGAAAGACAGAGUACAGUAGUACAGGAGAGAUGAAAGAUGAAUGUAAACAUACUAAACGAGCUAGUGAAAAACCUUUCGUUCUAUGAAAAAAAUUUCAAGUGAUUUGUUUUUUUGGAACAUCGGGGUUCACAUUUUUCGAUAAAAAAUUAUUAUUGUUAAUUCUGCAGCAAUACUUAACAUAACCUCUAAAGAGAAGUGUUCCUGUCGGUUGAACGGAAAAAAAAAUAUGUAAUGAAAUCAACUAGCACUAUCUGAGAAAUAUAAAAUAAUGGCUUUUAGGAGGUUCUUCAAUACCGUUAUAAAAACAUCUAGACCUGUAUUGUAUACGACAGGAUCGAUUUUCGUAAAAUCUUCCGAGACCUCGGAGUCCAGGACGGAUACAAAAGGGAAAAUUGAAUGGGAACCACCCGAUUUUUCGAAAUUUACUUACGAGCAUAUGAUUAAAAAAUCUACAAUGGAUACAGUAAAUAGUAUUUCAGAAGUCCUUACAAUUACGUAUACAGCUAUAGAAAACACGAGUGACGAGUACAGACACACUUUGUCAAUGCUCAUGAGUCUACUCAAAGACACGUUGGCUCAUAGAGUAGGAGAUUCUCAUUGGGAUCUGAUUGUUGCAGCACGAUCGGAAGUUCAGAAAAAAAAAAGAAGGAUUACUCAAUUGGUUGCUUUUAUGGAUUAUGUUCAAAAAAUGGGUGUUGCUGCAACGGAAGCUAGUUACAUGGCUGGUUUAGACAACUUGUCGCUGACUCUGGCCCAAAGAAUGGAUGACGCUCUUAAUAAUAUGAACAGAGAAAUAAAACAUAAUGCUGUACUUGAGCUUGAGUACACUAUGCUUCAGGAAGAGUGUAUUAGAAAAUGUAAAUAUAGUAUUAAUGAUCAUAAAAAUCAAUUCUGCAAUUUCUAUAAAACAAUGAAGUCCAAGCUGAGUGUGAGAACUCAUCAAAUGAUCUAUCACAUACUUUUCAUUUAUAUAAUUUUUAAAUAGACAAUUCACAUAGUUAAAUUGUUCCACAAUUCAACACUGAAAUUAAAAUAUUUUUUUUUUGUAUUUUGCAGCUAAUUCGGAUGAACUUUCAAAGAAACAAGAGGACAUUGAGGUUGAGAAUAUUCUUGUGGACUAGGAGGAUGUUGUGUCUGUUUGAAGAUGACUUUUAACGAUGAUUUUAUUUUUUCUUUUUUUUUCAUCCUGAAUUUUUGUU